AGAAACCCCGGUCGCCAAUUCUCGUAUCUGCUUCACUUGCAUUUUCGCUGGAGUGGCAAGAGGAGGAGGUGGAGGAGGGAUAAGACUUGCCCCGAAACGUGCAAACUGGGCGGUACAUACAGACAACGGAUACAGGGGAGACAUUGCAUAUAUACAAACGUAUUUGUAAACAUACAUCCAUGCAUACAUAUCCAUGAAGAAGAAGGCCCCGGGGUUCCAGGCUCACGAUCGUGACGAAGUUUCCAGCUGGAGCUUUUGUUCCCAUCCAACACACAUACACACACACACAGGCAGGCGGCACACACUCACACGUUUUCUCUCUUUUCCGCCAGUGCUCCCACUGGCGUGGCGUGGCGUGAAUUUUUUACGUUCACUCCAGCUCCAUUUCCAUUUCCAUGCCAGGCCAGCCACCAGCCGCCAGCCGACCGUAGUAAAAUCCAGUUUUGAUAAAAAUAAACAAAAGUACGCUACACCGCGCAUACACCAUACGCUACACUGUCCAAGUCCAGGCAUUUAAGGCAGGCUUUUAGCCUGGACAAGGAUACUCUCUCCUACACGCACACACACACACAUUCAGUGUGAAGAAGGGCUUGAUAAGAGGGAGACAACAGGUGUUAAAGGCGACAUGUUCGCUCAAGUCGUUGCGCUGCGCGUGUCAGAUGCUCUUACUGAAUUUUGGCAGAGCAUAUUGGAUUCGUUACGGCGGGCACUGAAGCGACGGCGAAGUUAACAACCGUAAAGCGCGCAAAUACGACACAAGCAGCCAGCAGUGAGUUGCGUUGCGGCCAGCGGAAGCUUUACAUCCGGAUAAUAUUGCCAGGCAGAGACCGACCAGAGACCAGAGACGGCGGCUGCUUUAGUUGCCGUUGUUGCUUUUUUUUUUGUUGCUGCUGCCUGCCUGCCUUUGGGGUUCUGCGCUGCUUCUUCUUGCUCCUCGGUUCGUGGCAAAGCCUGUUGCUGCUGCCUCUGCUUGAGCCGCUCUCUCCUCGCCGGUUCUCUUUUGGCACCGCCUUCGCCGUCGCCUAAAAGGCACGUAAACUGGUUCCCGUACACACUCGCGUGGUCGUGGUCGCGCUCGCUCGCCCGUAUUUUUCGUAUUUUCAGUGCUGCCUUAGCGCUUGAGCUGCGCGAGUCGCUUGCUGGGAAAUACGGAAUUGGAAUCGGAUAGUCAUCGGACUCGGAGCUGGCCUGGGAUCGGUCAUGGAGCUGGCCUACAAUGCGUCAUCGUCGGUGGCGGCCUCGGCCGUCUCCGCGGCCACCUUUGCCUUCACCAACACCGCCAAGCUGCCCAUUGAAACGGUGAAGCGCCUGAUUGCUGCCGUCUCCCGUCGCCCCAUGCUGUGGCUGCGAAACAAUGCCAAUGGCCAGAAGCGAAGCGACAUUACGCCCAUCUGGUUCGAGGUGGGCCAGGAUGUGAAUCUUCCGGCUGACAUCUGCCGCAUCAAGUGGGGCCACCUGAGGGACAACUUUCGCAAGGUGUACAUCCGCAAUAACCUGUCCAAUGAGACACCCUCAUCGUGGCGCUUCUACAACGACAUGCGCUUCAUGGAGCCCGCCGUCCAUGAAAAUAUCAUGCGUCAGACACGGAGCAGCAGCAAGAAGCACCCGCCGGGACACUGGUCGGAAAACAAUAACGUCCUGGGCGUGGACAAAUACGACUCCAUGCCCCUGGUGGCCACGGAGCCCAUUUGUGAGCUGAGUGACAGCUACGAUUCUGAGCUGCAUCAGCCUAGCUUCUCGGACAUUAGCUCCUUCUUCGAGGAUCGCGAUUGUCAGCCGCCGGAUACCAAGCGGGUCAAGCUGGAGCCGCCACACCACACAGAUCAGGAGGAAAUGGCUGGUGUGGGAGAAGACGGCGAAGAAGAGGAGGAUGACGAUGACUUUGACGAGGAUGCCGCAUCGGAGAAUCAAGAGGAGGAGCGUGGCAAGCGGUUGGAUCCGGCUAAUCCUAGCGUAUUCACUAUCGAAGUGCUGGACGAUGACGAUGAGGAAAUGGAGCAGACAAAAAUGAAGGCCAACCACAACAAUAACAACCACAAUAGCAACACCUCAAGCCGUAGUCUGAGUCAUAGCCUGAAAAGCGAGCCGGAUGCUAAGGGCUCCAGCCCAUCCACGUUGCCGUCCCCAAACACGGCGGAUUUGCCCUUCAAGUACAUCAGCAUGGAUGCCACCACCAAUACGGAGCCCACCGGCGGCGAUCUGCAGGACGAGGCGGAUCGCAUGUUCCUGCUCAGCCUGAUGCCCUUUCUCCAGCGCCUGGAUGAACGCCGGCGGCUGCGCGUGCGCCAGAAGCUGCAGAAUGUCCUCAUCGAGGAGCUUGAGUUCGGCUGAUCCCGUGAUUCACGCUACCGGGAAUGGGGGAUGAUGUGUACUUUAUAAGCUUAGCUUACAGUAUUAUAAGAACGCGACUGACUAACCCGUGGAUCUGCAUACAUACGUAGCAUGUAAUCAGUAUUCCGGCCUGCCUUCCUCCACACACAAACACAUACACUUGAAUACAUCCCAUAUAGCCUGUAGCCUGUAGUACGUACAUACUUACAUACGUUUUUAAAUAGACGAUCAAGAAAUA